AUGGCAGCCGCUUUGAAAAACAUCUUGCAUCCAACUACUGUUCAGAAUCCCACCAUUUUCACCCCGCAUGCCCAUUUAUAUGAUGGAAAUCAAUAUCGUAAUUUCACGAAUAACAACGUAACUGCAUCAAACGUUAACGUUACCACCAAUUCCCCCAAAAAGAGGACCCAUUCGAACGUUGACAAGUCGAAUGUUCCUCGUCCUUACAAAUGCACCAUGUGUCAUAAGGCCUUCUACAGGCUGGAGCAUCAAACACGUCAUAUUCGAACGCAUACCGGUGAAAAACCUCACCGUUGUGAUUUUCCAGGAUGCGAGAAACGCUUUUCGAGAUCCGAUGAGCUGACUCGUCACCGACGCAUUCAUACGAAUACCAAUAAAAGGGAUAAGCGUAAAACCCAAAAAAUGAAUGGGAUGGACUUUAAAAGCAACCUUCCAACCCCUCGUUUCGAUCCGAGUCGACCAUAUGAUGAUGAGGAGGACUUUGGGAUUGGAAUGUUUCCGGAUAGAUUUAGAAGCAGGAGUAAUAGUGAUAGUAGUACCAUCAGUUCCUCGAGUUCUUCGAGUGUUGGCAGUAACAUGAGCGUUAGCUUGUUAAGUUCCGUCAAUAAUAGUCAUCAAAUCCAUGCCCCUAUGGCAUCGACAUAUUCGACCAAUUAUUAUUCCUCUCGCGUGCUGCAUCAUUCCCUGCUUCAUGAUUACGCCUCGUUAGAAACAACUACCAAGAGACGUAGAAACUCGGAGCCAGAAUACAUGAUGUUGAGCCCUCAAUUAUCCGCCAUAUCUUUUGACGCUCAGUCCAAUUCGUCUCAAGUCUGUCAUGAUAGCGGUUCCGAUGAGGAUGAGAUCUUUACCCCCGUUCACUCGCCUGAGCACUCCCCUUCCUUGGGUCCUCAUGUGGUUGGGUCGGACACCUUUUCCAACUCUUCAAACUUUAACAAUAAUUUCAUCCCGGUUUACAGUGGUGGUAUGACCGCGAAUAACUUUCACCAAUGGAAACAGAAUGAUUUUCAGAAUUAUACGGCAAAUUUUAACAAUUCCGCCCCUAUAUUAGCGAGUAACCGUAUAUCCGACAUUGUGAAUGACCCAACUUUCUCACCAAGAGUCAGAACUCUUCCACCUCUCACCGGCAAUGGCAGCACCAGUUCGUCUACUGCUGUUUCGACGACUUCCGUGUCAUCAAAUAAUCAUUCAAAUUAUGGCUUUGACUUUAAUCGGUCGGCCUUUUUACCCCCGGUUCGUUAUUAG